UGCAGAGGAGCUGCGCGCCCCCUUUACGCGUUCGUUGUGGUUUCGCAUUCUUCCCGUUGCAAACAAUGUGAAGUUGUCUUAAUCAGUGAUGUUUUAAUUGGAUAAAGUGGAAGACGAGACGAACCUGGGAAAACUGCUAUGUUCGCCAACGUUCGAGUGUUAUUUGGAUUUCGGAAACUGACGGAUGGGUUCCGGUGGCUAACGUUUUUUCAGUCAGGAAAUUCACUGCGCUAAACUUAAUUUUACUUUCCACUGUUGAGCGUCAGGAUUCGACCUUUUUGGGUUGUUGCUUCCCGUGUCCGUCUUGUGAGUUUAUAAACCUUGCUAACAUUAAAAUUGCGGGUGUGUCCGUGAGUUUUAGCCUACCCGAGUCUCGUGUUAAUGUAUACAAGACGACCAGAAAAGGGGGGGAAGUUAGGUAAUGGAACCGUCAAAGUUUCUGUGUGAUGAUUUGUUUACUUAAGUUUCCCAUUCUAAUUUGUGUACGAAUAAUACAGAAAAUAGUUUGGAGUAUUCUCACAUUUUAAAACACCACGAUUGUUUUUACCCCCUCGUAAACUGGAGAGACGGCGGCUGAAAGUGUUGGCUAUUUUCUGAAAGAUUUGUAGAAACUCCAUACCUGCUGGUAUAAAUUGUGCGCUGUAAGACGUUUUAAAUGUAAGAUACCAAGGCAAUUUCAUUUUUAUGACCAUUGCUGACUUGGGCUGUUGCUCUAAUAACUAGCAUAUGUAAUCAUAACCCAUUCAGUAUCCAUUCUCCAUAAACUAUUUAUUGAAAUAUAUUUUGUAGUGAUUGUACAAGUAUCGUUGUGCAUAAGGAUAGCCUAUGUGGGCUAUUUGAUAUUGCCUUUUGAAUAACCUUGUAAUUUAAUAGGCUAAUUUUAUUUUCAACACGCACGCAGGCAGCUGAUUGUGGUUUAAUAUAAACUAAGCCUGACAGUUAAAAUAAUUAUCAGUAGUUUUUUUUUGUUAAGAAUAGCCCAUUUUGAGAAUUCUUCAUGUGUUCGGAUAGAAGUGAAACAAUAACAGUUUCGUGAGAAGUGGGGAAGAGACAGAAAAAAUCUGCAAACUUAGCAGGAAAAGAGACCAUCGAAAUCACGGAAACCCGCUUCGUCUGUUCCCUCGAGUGUACAGUUACAGAUGGAUUUCAUAAAAGCCCCGCUGUUACUCUUACACCUUUUGUGUUAACUUUCUUUAUUUAUGUCGUUUCCCUCGUUUACGUCUUUUUUUUAAGAAUGCCGUUCUGAUUAUUCACAUUGUUUCCAUUUGCUACGUUGUUUUGACUCGUUGCCAGCAAACGUGCUUGGAUAUUGCCAGUGGACAUGUUUCCGUUUUUUUCAGUUUUCUGAUCAACCUUAAGUUUUCGUUGUGAGGGAAAUCUGGCACAUGUUUUUGUAUUCAUUAACCAUUUUAUAUUCUCACGAAGCAUUCAUUAAAAUCUAGCAUAGGCUUUCCUAAAACGUCGUUGAAUGCAUAAUGAGCCAACAUAAUAUCGGGACAAUUUCCAUUUUAACUUAGCUAGACUUGAUUGUGUCUGCUUUCUUUUUCCUGCGUAGCACUGACUUCGACAGACACUGGAAGUGUUAUGUCGCUGGAACCCAUCUUUGUCGGACAAUGGCCUCUUUGGCAUGUCAUUUUCCGAGUUAUUACCAAAUGUUAAUGUCGAAUAAGCCCAGCAAGGAUUAUAACUGAGAAUGCGUGUCCGGAGUUAGCAGGAUUCACUCAUUUGUUCAACACUGUUGACGCAAAGUGAACAGGAAAGCACACAGAGAAGAGGUCGGGGACCGCUCUACCUGCUGCAGUUUGUUGAUGGGUCACAUUCAAGAGCCAAGCUCCUGAAGAUAUCCGCAGUUCGGGAAGGUCGACAAACUCCACCAAAAUGAACGAACGACAGGCGCUCCACUCCAUCAUGAAGGACCUGGUGGCUCUGCAGAUGACCCGGCGCCAGCCCCUGCCCGGGUACGACGUGGGAAAGCCCAAGACUGCCAGCCCCCCCAACAGACAGGAUGAUGUCAGAAUCAAGUUUGAGUUCUGUGGAGAAAGAAGGAUCCUGAUGUUCGGGCGGCCGGUGCAGUUUGACGAGGUGAAGCAGAAAGUGAAGAGCGUCUUCGGUCAGCAGCUGGACCUGCACUACAUGAACAACGAGCUCUCCAUUCCCCUGCGCAACCAGGACGACCUGGACAAGGCCAUCGACCUGCUGGACCGCAGCUCCAACAUGAAGAGCAUCAAGAUCCUGCUGCUGACCCAGGAGCAGAACAACGCCCCAUCCCCGUCCCAUGCCACCGUGUGCAAGCAGGUCCGCAUCAAGGCCUCUCAGUCCACUGGGGAUGUGAACACGGGCUACCAAUCCUCCGAGCCCAGGGGGCGCCACCUCUCCAGCAGUUCUCAGAACACGGGCCGCAGCUCGCCGCCGCCCGGCUACGUCCCGGAGCGACAGCAGCGUAUCGCCCGCCAGGGCUCCUACACCAGCAUCAACAGCGAGGGCGAGUUCAUCCCCGAGACCAGUGACCAGUGUGUACUGGACCCGUGGAGCAGUGCAGAGAACUCCGUAUCGGGCAGCUGCCAGUCGCUCGACAGCAACUCGGACAGCCCCUCCUUCAGGAAAUCCCGGAUGUACAGGGCCAAGAGUUACCCGGACAACCGUCAGGAGUAUUCAGACCGCGAGAACCACAUCUACGAAAAGGUUGUGGGCAAAGGAGGGACGUACCCCCGCAGAUACCACGUGUCCCUGCAGCAGAAAGACCACAACGAAGGCCGGCGGACCUUCCCGCGGAUCCGGCGGCCGCAGGGGAAUCUCUUCACCCUGGUGCCGUCGCGGCGCGCCCUGAACGACAGCGAGGAGAGCCUGGGCUCGGGGUGGCAGCUGCUGGACGCUCAGGGCAGACUGCGCCCCCAGGACCGCAGCAGCGUGCCCCACAAGUCCCCCAGUGCUCCGUUAACAUGGAGGCAGGGCAAGCUGCUGGGCCAGGGUGCCUUCGGGAGGGUCUACCUGUGCUACGAUGUGGAUACUGGCCGAGAGCUCGCCUCAAAGCAGGUCCAGUUCGACCCAGACAGCCCAGAGACCAGCAAGGAGGUGAGAGCUCUAGAGUGUGAGAUCCAGCUGCUGAAGAACCUCCACCACGAGCGCAUUGUCCAGUACUACGGCUGCCUGCGAGACCACAACGAGAAAACCCUCACCAUCUUCAUGGAGUACAUGCCAGGGGGGUCAGUGAAGGACCAGUUGAAGGCUUAUGGAGCUUUGACGGAAAACGUGACCCGGAAGUACACCAGGCAGAUCCUGGAGGGCAUGUCGUAUCUGCACAGCAACAUGAUAGUUCACCGGGAUAUAAAAGGUGCCAACAUACUGCGGGACUCUGCCGGGAAUGUGAAGCUGGGAGACUUUGGAGCCAGCAAGAGGCUCCAGACCAUCUGCAUGUCGGGCACCGGCAUCCGCUCGGUCACCGGCACCCCCUACUGGAUGAGCCCUGAAGUGAUCAGCGGGGAGGGCUACGGCCGCAAGGCCGACGUGUGGAGUCUCGGCUGCACCGUGGUGGAGAUGCUGACGGAGAAGCCCCCCUGGGCGGAGUAUGAGGCCAUGGCGGCCAUUUUCAAGAUCGCCACGCAGCCCACCAAUCCCCUGCUGCCGUCCCAUGCUGCGGACCACACCCGCGACUUCGUGCGCCGCAUCUUCGUGGAGGCCAAGCACAGGCCGAGCGCAGAGGACCUGCUACGACACCCCUUCUCUCAGAUCCUGUGCUGAAGCUCUGGGCUCUCACCGGCCAACCCCCCCCCCCCCCACCCCACCCCACCCCUUUCCCCAGGAACUACCACAUCCAGGCCAGAGCCGCUUCGCCACUGGAGAACAGAGGAGCACAAACCUGGCAGCGCAGAGAUGACAUGCAUCUCCAGCUGUCCCCACAAGGGGGUGCCGUGAACCUUUGCAAGUCACAAGGAACAGGUCGACAAACUUUACUGCCGGAACCGAGCGGUUAUGGCCCGCUUGUCCUGGAAAGGAUCCGACGGACUCCCUCUGUAGUUUUCAAGGAUGUCUCCCCUGUCUAAGUGCCUUAGUUACCCACAAACCCUUGUUGCCGGGGAUGGACCUGGUUGAGCUGACAGCAUCUAUGAGGUGGACCGUGUACAUAUGUGCGUAUUUAUAUUUGUUGCUUUUCUUAUGUAUAAAAUUGCUAAAAUCCCAAAGCUAGCUGCUUUCUGGCCCACACGGGCUCAGUCAGUGUUGCCAUGUGUGCCGACACAUCGACAAAUACCCAAACUCCAUUAUAUCCUCCUGUCCUGUCAGCCGUGAUAAAAACUUCCUUCGCUGGUGGAGCAGCUUUGCACUCAUAUGGCAGCUCUGGAAUAAUCUAUGGAUGUACUAAAAGCUGUUUCUUAGUAGCGCACCCUUUUUUUCCCAUUUCUUUUUCAUUCCUUUCCAUUUAUUUAUUUGGUUACAUUUGGCAACUGAAGUAGGACAACACAAACUUUUCUCACCUCAUUCUCCUCAUUCUUCAGAUCUUUCAGUCGUGUACUAUCCUGACACCUGGCUGAAUGGCAUGUGAGCCACUCACUGUAUCGUCCUGCCAGCGGAGGCAGAGGUCCGAAAACCUUGGCCAUGUCCGAAUCAGCGCACUUGCCUACUAUUCUGUAUGGUUGUUGAUUAACUGAAUGUGAAAGUUGUUAAUAAGGCAAUAUCUUCUCUAAAUGUAGUGUACUUAAAAUCCUAUUUCUCCAACGAGGACAGAAACGCGUGAGCACAGUUGAAAACUGCCCACUGUGUACUAGAAUGUACAUUGCUAAACAGUGUGCUUAGUAGACAGUACAUACUGUGAGGACACUCAUAGUACACACACCUUGAGUAGUUAGGAGGCUGAUUCGGACACAGCCGUUGGCUCUCAUAGCCUCACGGUGGAUGGAUGACCGCGCCUUACACUCCUUUUUCUGUUCAGCAUUCCUCUGUCACAAAGAAAGACUUGGGGGAGGGCCUCCUCACCCCGUCUACAGUCCUCUGCUUUGUUUCUUCCUUUCUGAGCUCUCAGGAACGAUGCUUUCUACCCAGUCUCCUCAGUGCCUAAGAGUCUCAGAGAAAGGCAGAACACACUCUCUCCCCUGAGGACCAAAGAAACAGGAAAGAUGAUCGAAUGCAGAGUAAUGUAAAAAAGAGCCGUAAAUGUACCUUAAAAAAAAACCCUCAAAAAAUAACUUCUUUGCUGUGUGUUGAGUUGGUGCUUCAGAAAGCCACCUAUGUACUGUCCAUUUGAUGGAAAGGGCUAGUUUAUUGAAAUGAGCCCCUUGUGUAUCAACACUCCAAUGACUUUAUUUAGUUUUCUCUGUGCGUUUGUGUGCGUGCGUGCGCGUGUGUGUGCUGAGAGAAUGUUUAUUUUGGUCUGAAAUGCACUUUUUUGUGUAAAUGAAUGUUUCUCUUUUUCUUUGUUCUUGUUUGUUCUUAGUUUUUUCCUUUUCAGUCUGAUUUCUGUAUCAUUUAAUGUGAAUUUUCAUUUAUUUAUCUCCCUGUGUUCAUUAAGUGGAUUUUUCUAGCUAUGAAUAUACAUGUCCAAAUAUAUUUUUUAUAUAUUGACUCUAGACUGUUUUAAAUCUAAUGAUGCCUCUAGAAAAUGACAGGAAAAAAAGGAAAUUUUUGAAGCAGCUGGUUUUGCAGAGAUUCCACCAUGGAUUUAUUAACAGUAUAAAGGUCCAGGUGAAACGCAUUCUGAAUGCCCUGUCCGCUCUAUGCAGAUCUGUGUUGUGCGCUUAUGCCAUUAGACCACUUGCGUCCUGUGGAAUGGUCCACUCAGCCCAUUAGGACUACAUUGUCCACAUUGAGGUGAGCGAGUGCUUUUUCCCUGCCGCCCACCAUCCCUCGUCUUCUGUGAACCAUUUUAGCUUCCCUUCCUGGAGAACUGGCAGUUUUACAGAAUGACAUUCUUCCAGAACCAAAUAUUAAUAGCUCCGCUUUGAAUGAAAGGCCCUUUAUUUAGAGAAAAUGCAGGUUGUGUUUAUCAAGGCAUAACUACAUAGUUUAGAAACUUUAUUUUUGGCUUCCACCAGUAUUGUUUUGCUCUUUGCAUUACAUUGGCAAAACUGAGAGCUUGAUUUUCUGUGAUCAGGGAGUCCCUGAUCUGUACAGUAGUUGCAACCAAUAGGCAAUUGAUUCGACAGGAUUUAGGCCAAAACCAGGACGUGAGCUCAAAUUCCAAAUAUGUAAUAUCAAAGAUGUCUUAAUCGAGACCCACAACCACUAAGUAUUAUUAAAAGGCGAUUGUUCAGUGACACAAUGCACAACCAUUUCGGCAGAAACCUGAAUUUACAGUUCAGUCCCUUGCCGUCAUUUCUAGCAGAUCUGACUCAUUCAGGAUAUUUCAGCAUGUGCUUCCACCUGGCAUGACGAUUUUGUUUAGCCCAGGGCUUGUGUAGUGCCUGAUACUCAAGAGGCGAGUUACAGGGGCAGACUAAUGCGUUUGUCUCAGGGCCGAGACGCAUCAUCCCCUGGAUCAAACCAGUGUUGUGUGGCUCCUACAUUCAAGGGUGACUAAAAUCAGUAUUACAAAUGGUCCAUGAAAUAAAAACCAAAGGAAUGCCUUUUUGCACAAGGAACCCUGGGGUAAUCAAAAGAAUACGAACCAGUAGUUUAUAAUGUAAUAUGAAUAUAUGUAUAUAUAAUGUAUGUAUAUCGACUGGGGACUUGCAGUGCAAAGUCCAUUGUAUCAAAUUUAUUUACAAUAAAAAUGAAUUAUAUGUUUAAGAA